AUGAACUCAGAAGAGUUCCACUCGCUCCUGGAUGCUACCAUGAGCAUAUCCGUUACCCAAGCCAUUUACACUGCCAUGGGGGUUAUGUCGGACAACUUGUCCCACUCCAUCUCUUCCGCUAUCAUGCCAUCUGGCCGGGCCUCCGGCCCAACGCCCCCUAUGGCCUCUGAUAAUAAGUCGAUGGUCCCUAGCGACCGCAAGGCUACGAGCAAAUCUCCCCUUGUGACAAAUUUUGCCUCCAAAAAUGUUGUGAUGGACAGGUUGUGCCCUGUUGAUAUUGGGCAAAAGAGGUGCGGACUUGGAAGAGGGCAAAAGCCCUGCCUAAUUCGUCCAACUCUGAUUCAGACUCAGAGGAGGUUUCAGACAGGUCCGAUGCCAUCGACCCAGUUUACUCGGAGGACUCUUCCCCCGAAUGCAGUGUGA